AGGUCUUAGUUACCAGGUCAUAAAAUCCAUAAAAAAGUAACAUAUUGGUCAACAAUUUUUAGAUGAAAUCUAAGACAAGUUUGAUGUCUAAAAAGAGCUAAAAAUGGAAAAUUUUCAAUCAAUAUAUUCAAUUAAAGGAUUAAUUACGAAUGAACAAAGAACAAUAGCCUAAUUAGAAUUACAAAAAAUACGAAAAUGUCAUUCUUGCGCGGUUCAGAGAAUUACGUGUGGAGCACGACCAGUGUCCUCGGGAAAGGAGCGACAGGUGCUGUAUUCCAAGGGGUUAACAAGAACAACGGAGAACCUGUGGCUGUGAAAACCUUCAACCAACUCAGCCACAUGAGACCUCAUGAUGUACAGAUGCGAGAGUUCGAAGUUUUAAAAAAAGUUAAACAUGAGAACAUAGUUAAACUGCUCGCAAUUGAAGAGGAACAAGAAGGGCGGGGUAAAGUAAUUGUGAUGGAGCUUUGCACGGGUGGCAGUCUAUUUAAUAUUUUAGAUGACCCUGAAAACACAUAUGGUCUUCAAGAGUAUGAGUUUCUCCUGGUCUUAGAGCACUUGACGGCUGGUAUGAAACAUUUAAGAGAUAACAAUCUAGUACAUAGAGAUCUUAAGCCUGGGAACAUCAUGAAGUAUAUUAAUGAGGAUGGUACUACAACAUACAAGCUCACAGACUUUGGAGCAGCAAGGGAGUUACAAGAGGAGGAGCAGUUUGUAUCGCUAUAUGGUACAGAGGAGUACUUACACCCAGACAUGUAUGAAAGGGCUGUCUUAAGGAAACCUGUGGGAAAAAGUUUUGGUGCUACAGUGGACCUUUGGUCAAUAGGUGUGACAUUAUAUCAUGUGGCUACAGGACAACUACCCUUUAGGCCAUAUGGAGGAAGACGAAAUAAAGAAACUAUGUUUUAUAUCACAACUAAGAAGGCUUCUGGUGUCAUAUCUGGGACACAAACAACUGAGAAUGGUCCUAUUGAUUGGGCAAGAGAACUUCCACCACACUGCCAACUCAGUGUUGGUCUUCGCAAGUUAGUUACACCUCUCUUGGCUGGAUUGUUGGAGGUGGAUCCUCACAGGAUAUGGACAUUUGAAAGGUUCUUCUCUGAAGUGCAAGUUGUGACCUCCACUAAGCCUGUCCAUGUGUUUUAUGUUAAUAAAGCCACAAGUAUAAAGGUAUUUUUAAAACUGGAGGAGAAAUACGAACAUCUCCAGACGUACGUUUGCGAACAGACGAGCGUCGUGGCAGAGUCUCAGAUCUUACUGUACAAAGAUUGGCUGCUCACCUCCGAAGUGAACGAGAACACGCCCGGGAAGAGCUACCCCGACACGAGCGCCGACGAGCCGCUCCUGCUGUUCAACAAGAACAACAACAACGUCAGCAUGCCGGCCGAGCCCGACCCGCCCAAGUUCCCCGUGUUCCCCAACAUGGUCUCCGUUGAGAACGACGCCAGUCAGGCCAAGACGGCGUGCAGCGUCGGGCACGUGAUGCGGCGCCGCGUGGAGGCGCUGUGUGCCGCCUCCGAGCUCUGCGGAGCCUGCGUGCGGCGCUGGGGCGCUCUGCUGGCCGCCCGCCUCCGCGCCGUGGCCGCCCGCGCCGAGCACCUGCACGCCAGGGCGCAGGCGCUGCACAUGGCGGCUCGCGCGCUGGAGCUGGCGGGCGGCGCGGCGGGCGGGGGCGCGGGGGCGGGCGCGCUGGCCGCCGAGACCGGUGCACUGCACGCGGGGGCGGCGGCGCUGGUGGCGCGGCACGCGGGGGGCGGCGGGCUGGCGGCGGAGUGGGAGGCGGGGGUGGCGGGGGCGGCGUGCCCGGCGGAGCUGCGGCUGGCGCAGCGGGCGCGCGCGCUGGUGGAGCGGCUGCGGGACUCGUGGCAGCACCUGGUGCGGGACCGCGCCACGCGCUCGCUCACCUACAACGACGAGCAGUUCCACGUGCUGGAGCGCAUCACGGUGGCGGAGACGGGGCGCCGCCUGCGGGCGCUGCUGCUCCGGGCGGCGCCGCUCGCGAGGGCGAGGGCCGACGCUAUAGCCGACUGGUACAAGGUGGCGCAGACAGUCUACCUGCAGACGCAGAUCUUAGACAAGGACGUCUCCGCAGCCGAAAUUAAGCUGGUCGCGUUGACGGAGAGGUUGCAAGAUGCCGAAUUGAAGAUUCGCGACGCCGUCAGUGAAGCGGUAUGUUGUCCCGGGGCCGCACGAGACAGUCGCACAAACUCAGCGUCGCUGCAUCUGGCGCGUAAUUCAGACCGCUAUCGAUCCGCUAACAGAACUAUUUGUUCGACCUCGUUGUGUGACUUCACGUUGCUCCACAGUUUUGACGACAAGGCCUGGGUUUUUGUUUUUACAGAAAAAUGCAUCAAAAACUUCUGCAGCGGUGAAGAUUGAAGCCAGCGCUGAGGGCGGAGUCCCAGGGCUCCGCGCGCUGGACGCGGCGCACGACGAGCUCGGCGCGGUCCUCCGCCACAACUCCACGCUGCUCGCGCGCCUAACCGCCCUCACACACCACCUGCAGCCCUAGCACUCCGCCCCCGCCCUCUGCACUCCUGGGUCUCCACAUCGAGUCAACCUCUCUGAGGAACUUUGUCAGCAAUUCGAAUCCAUCCAGCUCCCUUGCAUCAGCGAUGUCGACGAUGAGGACGGGGAGAGUCUCUCUGUGCACUGCAGUACACCAUCCCCCGGAGCGCGCAGCGGGGGCGGGGGCGGGGGCGGGGCGCGGGGCGGGGCGGGCAACAAGGCCAGUUGUGCUGUCGCGUAGACUUGGAGCCACCGUCUGUACUCGACUGACCUCCCGAUCAAAUUUUAAUUGUAUUAUUCAUAUGAAGACUGAAAAUGUGUUCCUUGACUAAACGUUCCUUAGUCCGCUCGGUAUGAUGAUCUUAUUUCAUGUAGAAGGACAUGUUGUCAGAUGUGUAAAAUAUUAAUUAAGUAUAAGUUAAAUAAAGUGUAUUAUAAAUUUAAAAUAGGAUUUGUGAGUAGUUGUAAAUAAUAAAAAAUAAAUAUUAUAGAA